CUAAACACUUUCGACCAUCACUAAUGUAACGGCGCUUUUCCCGCCCAUUGAAAUGUUAACUGCAAUUUGUAAUUUCUUGUUAUCUGUAUAAUCCUUGGCCGCGGAAUGAGUUUGCAGGACGAAAGUUUCCCGGCAGACGAUCUAUUCGACCAGCUAAAUAGCUUGGGAGCCAGCAGUUCCCGGGACUUCAAGCGCCAAUUUGCGGAGCACCAUCAACCGGAGGCUUUCGAACGAAAUCCGACGCCAUUUUUGGGCAGCGACUGCUCCGCCGAGAACUCCUACACGGAUGCGGCCAACAAGAGUGCCAAGACCUGCGUCAGUGAUCCCACAGGCCGUGACCCGGAUGAGGAGGAGGAUGCCGAUGAAGAUGGACAGGACGGCUCCGCCGACCAAUUGGAAUGCUCCAGCUCGAAAUCCAAAGGCAACGGGCGCAGCAACAAGGCAGUUUCCUAUCAGGACAUCCACUCCGCCUACACCAAACGACGCUACCAGCAUGUGACCAGCAAGGUGGGCAAGUAUAUAGCCGACAUCCAGGCCCAGGAUCAGGCGCGUCGCAAUUCCGGGGCGAGUAUGCUGCGGCAUAGUUCGAUGCCGGAGUACCUGACUCCGAGGUCGCGGCAGCGCCAUGGCGGCGGCCACUACAGCGUGGACCAGCUGCACCAGAAGGACGAGUCGCUGGCCGACAGCAGUGAGGGCGGCAAUGCCUCCAAUAACCAGAGCUACGACCGCCUGCAGAGCGAGCUGGAGGCACUGCAGCUGGAGCGGGAUCGUCAGACCUCCUACAACAACUAUCUGCAGGAGAAGCUGGACAAGAAGGUGAUGGAGUCGAUGCAGUUGAAGAUGAACUUUGAGGUUCUGCGAACGGAGCUGACCGACUGCAAGCAGAAGCUGACCCGAUACCAGGCACACUCCCUGCGAUCCCUCAACUGGCCACCGGUGGGGAUACCGAAGGCCACCCAAACGGAUCGCCAGCUGGCUCCAGUGGCCGCCAUCGCCUCCUCGUCGUCCAGCUUGAAUCCGGCCCAGAACGUAAUGGAGAACUAUGUGACGCCGCAUCCGAAUGGCAAUGCCAACCUAACGUACAACAGCAGCGACGGAUCAAUUGAGAUAGCCCUGCUGAGCGUCGCUCCAACAGCUCGUCCGGCCCAUCCUGACCUGCGAAAGGUCCAGCCCAUGUCGUUGGACUUUAGCAACGAAAGCGCCGAUGGCGGAGAAGCUAAUAAUGCAAAUGGAGAAGCCCGUGGCAACAGCAACAACUCCUCGUCCAGACCCCGCACCCGACGCGGACAUGGCCCUGGUCCCAAUAAUUCGGAGAGCAGCCACCCGAGUAGCAAUGAUUCCGCCAUCGAGGUGGAGGGCCACGAAUCACGUUCCCCGUUCCAGCCCCAGGGGCGGGAGUGGCGCCAUAGACGACAGGAGGAGGCAGUCUACUACUUCGACAAGCGGAACAAUCGGGUCAUCGAGGUGAUGGCCAUUAAUUUGGGACAGGGCCACAACCAGAGCCAUAAUCUGAGCCAGGUUUCCGUCUCAGACAGCAGGGCCCAGCUGCUGAACAACUCUCAGUUCCUGUCGCAAUCGCAGGUCCGGAUCCGAACAAAGCGGCGGACGCUCGGCAGCCGGGUGAUGCGGUUUUUUGGACCCUGCGUUCGUUGCAGAUACGCCGAGGAUGGCAAUCCCGGAAUUAAUGGCACCUACACCGUGGGAUUGCCCUUGAUGGAGGAGGAAUUUAUUGAUUUAAGAAAUCAACGCUAAACUUAAACUUUAUUAUUCAUUUAUUUGUUUAUUUAUUGUCAUAUUUGCUUAGUUUUUUUUACGUUUUUUUAGUCUUCCUUUGUAUCAGUUUAUAUUUUUGAAAUUUAUUCCAUUUUCUAUUUGGUUUUGUAGCCGUUUUUUGGCCAAUUUCUCUUUUAUUUAUUUAUUUAUUCUAUGUAAACUUAACCACUAUUAUUGUAUUCAUGUAUUUAUCAAAACUAAAGGAAAAAACAUUUUCAUUCAUA